GUAGUUGUUGAAAUACAAAUCAUAAGAUUCCAAAGCCAACUGUAUCCCCUUUCCUUCCAUUUUGGCUCACCGCGAAUCUCUCUCUUAAUACCCUUUUUUUUUAUUAACUCAUCCUUUCUCUCUCUCUCUCUCUCACAAAAUGCAUAUCCUUCCUUUUCUUUCAACAUCAUCAUAAUCACAUCUCUGUUCUACUCCUAUCAAUCUAAUCACGAGCCGACGCCUGGCUUUUUCACUAAUGGCCGCUGGAGUCGUCUCCGACGCUUCUGCCGCGUUCUUGCUCAGCCUUGUCCACGAUAUUGUCCUCGGGAAUGUGGCUGCCGGGAUGUUUAAAAAGGAUUGCACGGAUCUGGUAAGGAGGAUAGCUCUAUUCACGCAUUUGCUUGAGGAAAUCAGGGAUUUUGCAGCGUCUGAUCAUCCUCACGCUUCCUCCUCCUCUUCCUCUUCCUCUUCAUGGUCGGCUGAUCUCGCCGUUGCUCUGCAGGCUGCAAAGCGUCUUUUGUCCGCCGCCUCCGCUCACCAUUCCGUUAAUUCCCCUGAUGGAGCUGCCAAAAGGAUCUCUUUCCAAUUUCAAUGUGUUACAUGGAAGUUGGAGAAAAGUUUAGCCAAAAUUCCAUUUGAUCAGUUUCAAAUCUCAGAGGAGGUUCAGGAACAGGUCGCAUUGGUGAGAGCACAAUUGAGAAGAGCGACUGAAAGAUAUGGAUCUUUGAAUUCAAGAAAAGUUUCGAAUGCCAUUUCCCAGCUACCGGAAAAAGAGCGCAGCAAUACCAACCAUGAAAUUUCAGCGAAGCUGGAUAGCAUUCCAGAAAGUUGUACUACUCUAAGACAUGCUGCUGAUAAGGCAACUAAGAUAUUGGAAAGGAUGAAUAGCUCUUCAAUUCCUUCUGUGGUCUGCCUAUCAAAUGAGGUUGAUUCCAAAGGGCAAGACUAUCUGGCUGCUAAGGGUGCUGAACAAACCAAGAAACCCGAUACACUAGUAAUACCUGUUGAUUUUCUAUGCCCUAUAUCUUUGGAACUAAUGAGGGAUCCAGUGAUUGUGGCUACAGGACAGACAUAUGAGAGAUCUUACAUACAGAGAUGGAUAGAUUGUGGCAAUGUAACGUGUCCAAAAACUCAGCAGAAGCUGGAGAAUUUAACUCUAACCCCAAACUAUGUUCUUAGAAGUGUAAUAAAUCAAUGGUGUGCUAAACAUAACAUUGAGCAGCCAAGCGGAUUAGCAAAUGGUAGGCUCAAAAAGAGCGAUGGGUCUUUCUGUGAUGUUAGUGGCGACAUGGCAGCCAUCCAGGAACUGGUCUCUAAGCUGUCGAGCCGGUGCUUAGAGGAACGUAGGGCAGCUGUGGCUGAAAUCCGAUCACUAUCAAAAAGAAGCACAGAUAACAGGAUACUAAUAGCAGACACAGGAGCGAUACCUGUUCUGGUCAACCUUUUAACAACAGAUGAUGCAUCAAUACAAGAACAUGCAGUAACUUCUAUUCUUAACCUUUCCAUAUUCGAAAAUAACAAGUCUCUCAUAAUGCUUGCUGGUGCCGUUCCUUCCAUUGUCCAAGUCCUCCGUGCAGGAAGCAUGGAAGCAAGAGAGAAUGCAGCGGCUACCCUUUUUAGUUUAUCACUUGCAGAUGAGAACAAAAUAAUAAUCGGUUCAUCAGGGGCAAUACCAGCCUUGGUAGAUUUGUUACAAAAUGGAAGCAAUCGAGGGAAGAAAGAUGCCGCAACUGCUCUAUUCAAUCUAUGCAUUUAUCAGGGGAACAAGGGCCGUGCUGUCAGAGCCGGAAUUAUUACAGCACUGCUGAAGAUGCUUACGGAUUCAAGAAACUGCAUGGUCGAUGAGGCUUUGACAAUACUGUCAAUCCUGGCUAGCAACCAUGAUGCUAAGGCAGCUAUAGUAAAGGCUAGCACCAUACCUGUUUUGAUCGAUCUUCUGAGAACAGGUUUACCUAGAAACAAAGAAAAUGCAGCUGCCAUUUUACUUUGUUUGUGUAAGAGAGAUGCUGAGAAUCUGGCAUGCAUUAGUAGGCUUGGUGCUGCCGUACCAUUGACGGAGCUCACCAAGGGUGGCACAGAAAGGGCCAAGCGGAAGGCUACUUCAUUGUUGGAGCAUCUUCGAAAAUUACAGCAGCUUUGACCCUUUUUUGGUUGUUAAGCAGAGAGUUCAGUUUGUUAAAAGUUUUUUUUUUUCUUUUAACAGUAAUUGUUUGACAAAACUGGCAUAAUUCUAUUCCUUUCAGUCAUGAGAAUUGAGGAGACGAGCAUGAGAUACAAAGCCAUUCUCAUUGCUCUCUAAGUAUUCAUUUCUUUUAUUGAUGAGUGUGUAAAAAGUUCAUUUGAUUUCAAUAAUGAUUAACUUAAAGAAUAAUUUUUUUUUA